CCGCCCUGUGGGCGUGUCCCGGUGACGUCACGGCCCCGCCGCAGCCCCGCGCAGGCCGCGCCGCCAGACCGAACCGAACCGAAUCCAACCCAGCCCGGCAGAGCCGCUCCCGCCCGCCCGCCCGCCAUGCCCUCGGACCGGCCCUUCAAGCAGCGCCGCACCUUCGCGGAUCGUUGUAAAGAAGUCCAGCAGAUCCGAGAGCAGCAUCCAAACAAAAUCCCAGUUAUCAUCGAACGCUACAAAGGGGAGAAGCAGCUGCCAGUGCUGGACAAGACCAAGUUCCUUGUCCCAGACCACGUCAAUAUGAGUGAAUUGGUCAAAAUAAUCCGGCGCCGCUUGCAGCUGAAUCCCACCCAAGCUUUCUUCCUGCUGGUGAACCAGCACAGCAUGGUGAGUGUGUCCACCCCCAUCUCGGAGAUCUACGAGCAGGAAAAGGACGAGGAUGGCUUCCUCUACAUGGUCUAUGCUUCCCAGGAGACCUUUGGCUACUGAGACCUGCUGAGGGGUGGCACGUGGAGACAUGAACUGUGGCACAUGUGUCCCCAGCCUUGGACAACAACUGAACCAGAGGCUGAUGAGAGGGGGACCGUGCUGACUCCCUUUGCCCCCCCCCCCUCCCUCCCUCUCUCCUUUUCCCCAGCCCCCUCUCACCAAAGAGGCUCGUGGCACGUGUUGGACUCACACAGCCCUUCACCUCCAUGUAGGUGCAGACCUAUGGACACUGCCUGCGUGGGGCCUCUGCUCCCUGUCCCACCCCAAGUCCCUCCCUGUCCCACCCCAAAUCCCUGUCCCACCCCAAGUCCCUCCCUGUCCCACCCCAAAUCCCUGUCCCACCCCAGGUCCCUCCCUGUCCCCUUCAGCUGCUCUCGCUGUGCUCUGUGUGUGCGUGUUCACAGCCCACUGCCAAAAUGGUUCAGCCAGUGAUGGAGAGAGGACAGGAGAGAAGACAGUAGAGAGGACACUGUCACUGUCACCUGCAGCACAGGGGGAGCCACCUCUCCUCCCAGGCUCUGGCACCAGGCAGGAGGGCUGCAAAAGCAGCAAGCAGAUGUUACCAUUGCUCCCAAGUUUUAAUUGAUUUUAAUUACACCCAUAUCAGAUUCUUGGUGCUACUGAGUAGAUGUAGGCAUCUCUGUGGGACUGUGGAUAAUGUAUAUCCUUUAGAUUUAUUUUAUUGGGUUUUUUGUUUGGUGUUUGUUUUGGUUUUGUUUUUGUUUUUUAGGGGUAUGUUGGAAUGGGGAGAGGGGGCAAUCUUUCCUGUAUUCUGUAGGUAAAUAAAUCAGGCUUGGUUGCACUUUAAAGCAUAGUAGAUGUCAGAGUGGAAUUUACUUUUAAUUUAUACAGGUUUGCCAUAUAUAUAUAUAUAUAGUGCUGCUCCUCUGUUGACAGGUGUACCUAGAUUGUCUGUUCCUUUUUUUUUUCUUUUUUUC